GGCGGGCGCAGGCAGGGCCGGCCCGGCCCCGUAACCGGAGCAUAAGAGCCGCAGGCGGCGGGGCCGGCCCGGCGUCAGCCGCGUUCGCCGGGAGCAGGAGGGACCGUGCGCUGCCACCAUGUGCGGAAUUUUUGCUUAUCUAAACUACAGAGUGCCCCGCACUAGGAAGGAAAUAUAUGAAACCCUGAUAAAAGGAUUACAGAGACUGGAAUACAGAGGCUAUGACUCUGCAGGAGUGGCAAUUGAUGGAAAUAACAAUGAAGAUAAAGAAAGAUUCAUCAAACUGGUUAAGAAAAGAGGAAAAGUAAAGGCCUUGGAAGAAGAGUUGUACAAACAAGAUGACCUGGAUUCUAAAACAGAUUUUGAAACACAUUUUGGAAUUGCUCAUACUCGCUGGGCGACCCACGGAGUACCAAGUGCAAUAAACAGUCACCCUCAGAGAUCAGAUAAAAGGAAUGAAUUUGUUGUCAUCCAUAAUGGAAUCAUCACAAACUAUAAGGACCUGAGAAAAUUUCUGGAGAGCAAAGGAUAUGAAUUUGAAUCUGAAACAGAUACAGAAACAAUCCCCAAAUUGAUCAAGUACAUGUAUGACAACAGAGAGAGUGAAGACACCAGUUUUUCAGCCUUGGUAGAGAGAGUUAUUCAACAGUUGGAAGGUGCUUUUGCAUUGGUUUUCAAGAGCAUCCAUUACCCAGGUGAAGCUGUUGCUACCAGGAGAGGGAGUCCUUUGCUCAUUGGGGUUAGGAGCAAGUACAAGCUCUCAACUGAACAGAUUCCGGUUUUGUACAGAACAUGUAACAUUGAGAAUGUGAAGAACAUCUGCAACUCCCAAAUGAAAAGACUGGACAGCUCAACCUGCCUUCAUGCUGUUGGGGAUAAGGCAGUGGAAUUCUUCUUUGCUUCAGAUGCAAGUGCCAUCAUUGAGCACACCAACAGAGUGAUUUUCUUAGAAGAUGAUGACAUUGCAGCUGUAACUGACGGGAAGCUCUCGAUUCACCGCCUGGAGCGCUCAGCUAGUGAUGAUCCUUCCCGGGCCAUCCAGACCUUGCAGAUGGAAUUGCAGCAAAUCAUGAAGGGUAACUUCAGUGCCUUCAUGCAAAAGGAAAUUUUUGAACAACCAGAAUCAGUUGUCAACACAAUGAGAGGCAGGGUGAAUUUUGAGAGCAGCACAGUUCUGCUGGGGGGGCUGAAGGAUCAUUUGAAAGAAAUCAGAAGGUGCCGAAGACUGAUCAUUAUUGGCUGUGGGACCAGUUACCACGCUGCAGUGGCUACUCGACAAGUCCUGGAAGAAUUAACUGAAUUACCAGUGAUGGUGGAACUUGCCAGUGACUUCCUGGAUAGGAACACACCUGUAUUCAGGGAUGAUGUGUGCUUUUUUAUAAGCCAGUCAGGUGAAACUGCAGAUACACUGAUGGCCUUGAGGUAUUGUAAAGAACGCCGUGCUCUGACAGUUGGCAUCACAAACACAGUUGGAAGCUCAAUAUCCAGGGAGACUGACUGUGGUGUGCACAUCAAUGCAGGGCCUGAGAUUGGUGUGGCGAGCACAAAGGCCUAUACCAGCCAAUUCGUGUCUCUUGUAAUGUUUGGCCUAAUGAUGUCUGAAGACAGAAUUUCCUUGCAGAAAAGGAGACAGGAAAUCAUAAGUGGACUAAAAUCAUUGCCAGAAAUGAUUAAAGAAGUCUUGUCCUUGGAUGAGAAGAUCCAUGACUUGGCUCUUGAACUCUACAAACAGAGAUCGUUGCUGGUUAUGGGCCGUGGGUAUAAUUACGCCACGUGUCUGGAAGGAGCUUUGAAAAUAAAAGAAAUCACCUACAUGCACUCAGAAGGUAUCCUGGCUGGUGAGCUAAAACAUGGGCCCUUGGCCCUGAUAGAUAAACAAAUGCCUGUUAUCAUGGUGAUCAUGAAGGAUCCUUGCUUCACCAAGUGUCAGAAUGCCCUGCAACAGGUCACUGCUCGGCAGGGUCGUCCAAUCAUUCUGUGUUCUAAAGAAGACACUGAAAGCUCAAAAUUUGCCUACAAAACCAUUGAGCUGCCUCAUACAGUUGACUGCCUUCAAGGAGUGUUGAGUGUCAUUCCUCUUCAGUUACUUUCAUUUCACCUGGCUGUUCUCAGAGGAUAUGAUGUGGACUUCCCAAGAAAUUUGGCCAAAUCUGUGACUGUAGAGUAACAGCCAAGAACAGCUGAUGCCUUUGUCACCAGACCUCUGAGUUAUACUUGUAGAAUGUGUUGUUCUGAAUUGAUAAGUAAAUGUUUUCUCUAAAAAGAAUGAUAGUGCUAACUGGAAAGUGUCAGAAGGAUUUAUCUUGUAGCUUUAAAAGCUUUUGAUGUGCCUUGUACCCAAGUGCUUUUGCUCAUAGCAAAUACUCCUCUAAGUCCUGAAAUUACCAAAGAAGAUAAAAAUUGUUUACACAUGGUAUACUGAAUGAACGUUUUUACUGUGCAAUAUAUAUAUAUAUAUAUAUACAGCUCUCUCCAGAGUAACUGUGAACAUUUUUUUAGCCUACACUACAUAACUAGUUUCAAAGAUAUAGUAUUUAUAAGUACAAUUUGUAUAGCUUUUUUUAAGUUAUUUUUUUAGUACAUUGCUUAUCUGUAACAUUGGUAAUGCUCAGAAUGUAAAUACUGAGCGUGUUGAUACUUCUGUACAGUUGUUAGGGAUUUUCCUCCUUCAGCCUCAAACUGGAAAUUUGUUGUCACCUCUUCUUUCCCAGCUUCCCUUCCCCCGUUGCAUCUGUGUUUCAUAUUUAACCAGUCAUUUGCAAAGUUCUUCCCUGGCUGUAAAUUCCCAGCUAUGUUUUCAAUUUCUGCUUCUUUUAACUGUUUUGAAAAGCCAGAAUGACAUUUGUUUUGUAUGCCUCCCCAGCUCUUAUUUGCAUAACAUGUAUAGUGCAACAGAAUAAGGGAACUGGAUGUCUUUCAAGUCAUAUUUUUGUUUGAAGAGGGUACAA